GCUUACGUCGUUGACGGCUCGGACGGACUGGCCGGCGAGGAAUGUGAUUGUGCGCAGUGGGGGCGGCAGCGGCCGCAGCCACAAGCUGGCUGGGGAGGAGGGAUAGUCCGCUGGACUGCGGGCGUGGUCGGGAACGCGCAGAGCCGGCGCGCAGGCGGGAGCAGGACGUGGGAAAAGAGCGGUGACGGACCCGGGGCAGUUUCACGAGCCGGGGGACGCGUAGGCAGUGGGAGUGGGCAGGGCAGGCCGGCGUAGGGGCCCGGACUCUCCGGACACAGGCCGCGGCGGCGGUGGCGGUUUCCGGCUCGGCGGGGAGGGUGGUGCCGUCGCCUGGACCCCAGAGUAGAAGAUGUUUAACGUGGAGUCUCUGGAGCGGGUGGAGCUGUGCGAGAGCCUUCUCACCUGGAUCCAGACAUUUAAUGUGGAAGCAGCAUGCCAGACUGUGGAAGAUUUAACGAAUGGGGUUGUGAUGGCCCAGGUGCUUCAAAAGAUAGAUCCUGUAUAUUUUGAUGAAAAUUGGCUAAAUAGAAUCAAAACAGAAGUGGGAGACAAUUGGAGAUUAAAGAUAAGCAAUUUGAAGAAAAUUUUAAAAGGAAUUCUGGAUUACAACCAUGAGAUUUUAGGACAACAGAUUAAUGAUUUUACACUUCCUGAUGUUAAUCUUAUUGGGGAACACUCAGAUGCUGCAGAGCUUGGAAGGAUGCUUCAGCUCAUUUUGGGAUGUGCUGUGAACUGUGAACAGAAACAAGAGUACAUCCAGGCCAUUAUGGUGAUGGAAGAGUCUGUUCAGCAUGUUGUCAUGACGGCCAUUCAAGAGUUGAUGAGCAAGGAAUCUCCAGUUUCUCUUGGAAAUGAUGCCUAUGUUGACCUUGACCGCCAGUUGAAGAAAACUACAGAGGAACUGAAUGAAGCUUUGGCAGCAAAAGAAGAGAUUGCACAGAGGUGCCAUGAGUUAGACAUGCAGGUUGCAGCAUUGCAAGAAGAAAAAAGUAGUUUACUUGCAGAAAAUCAGAUAUUAAUGGAAAGAUUAAACCAAUCUGAUUCAAUAGAAGAUCCCAACAGUCCAGCUGGCCGAAGACAUCUUCAGCUACAGACUCAACUGGAGCAGCUCCAAGAGGAAACAUUCAGACUAGAAGCAGCCAAAGACGAUUAUCGAAUACGCUGUGAAGAAUUGGACAAAGAAAUCUCUGAACUCCGGCAACAAAAUGAAGAACUAACCACUUUAGCGGAUGAAGCUCAGUCUUUGAAAGAUGAAAUAGAUGUUCUUAGGCAUUCUUCUGAUAAAGUGGCUAAACUUGAAGGCCAAGUAGAAUCAUAUAAAAAGAAAUUAGAAGAUCUUGGUGAUUUGAGGCGGCAAGUGAAACUCUUAGAGGAGAAGAACACAAUGUACAUGCAGAACACUGUAAGUCUAGAAGAGGAGUUAAGGAAAGCCAACGCAGCUCGCAGUCAGCUUGAAACAUACAAGAGACAGGUAGUAGAACUACAAAAUAGAUUAUCUGAAGAAUCAAAGAAAGCAGAUAAAUUAGAUUUUGAAUAUAAACGGCUGAAAGAAAAAGUGGACAGUCUUCAAAAAGAAAAGGAUAGAUUAAGAACUGAACGGGAUUCUCUUAAAGAAACCAUUGAAGAACUUAGAUGUGUACAGGCCCAGGAAGGACAGCUCACUACUCAAGGAUUAAUGCCUCUGGGAAGUCAAGAGUCUUCAGACAGUCUGGCAGCAGAGAUUGUUACACCUGAAAUAAAGGAGAAACUCAUUCGUCUUCAGCAUGAAAAUAAGAUGUUAAAACUUAAUCAAGAGGGUUCUGACAAUGAACGGAUUGCAUUAUUGCAGAGCCUCCUCGAUGAUGCAAAUCUACGUAAGAAUGAAUUAGAGACGGAAAACAGACUGGUGAAUCAAAGACUUCUAGAAGUACAGUCACAAGUUGAAGAAUUGCAGAAAUCCUUACAGGAACAAGGCUCAAAAGCAGAAGAUUCAGUUCUGCUGAAAAAGAAGCUUGAAGAACAUUUAGAGAAGUUGCAUGAAGCUAAUAAUGAAUUGCAGAAGAAACGAGCCAUUAUUGAAGACCUGGAACCAAGAUAUAACAACAGCUCAAUAAAAAUUGAAGAAUUGCAAGAAGCGUUGAGGAAAAAAGAAGAAGAAAUGAAGCAAAUGGAAGAACGAUAUAAGAAGUACUUGGAAAAGGCCAAAAGUGUUAUCCGUACUUUAGAUCCUAAGCAGAAUCAAGGAGCAGCUCCAGAAAUACAGGCUUUGAAAAACCAACUACAAGAACGGGACCGGAUGUUCCAUUCAUUAGAGAAAGAAUAUGAAAAAACGAAGAGUCAAAGAGAGAUGGAAGAAAAAUUUAUUGUUAGUGCCUGGUACAAUAUGGGCAUGACACUGCAUAAAAAGGCAGCUGAAGAUAGACUUGCUAGUACAGGUUCAGGGCAAUCGUUCCUGGCCAGGCAAAGGCAGGCAACAAGCUCAAGAAGGUCUUACCCUGGCCAUGUCCAGCCAGCCACAGCAAGGUAGAGAAGCCAUUGGAAAAGUAACCGACCUCCCUUCAAAGCAAACUUCUGUUGCACGUGACAACAUUUCAGGAAUUCAGCAAGCUUCUUUUCUGUCUCUGUACUGUGUUCAUUCUCAAUUAUUCUGCAUUUCAGGCAUUUUCUAUUAUCUGUAAUGAGCUAGUUUCUUCUGUUAUUUCUUUCGGAGUCUUUUUUUUCUUCCUUUCAAUGUGCCAAAAUUUUUUUAGAUAUCCAAUAAAGAGUGGUGUAUAACAUUCUCUUUACUUGUAUAAAAAUGUCACCACUUGCCCAAUGAUGUAAGCUUUGUAAUUACACUAAAUUUCCUGUCAAUAAUUAACAUAAAAUUUAUAUUUUUCAUUGUUCCUAUAUGUUACCAUGCUUUAUAAGAAUGUCUUUGUUUAAAGGGAAAUAAUCUUUUUAUGAUAUAUUAAUCAGUUUUAAAUUGUUUUCUGAAAGCUCCUCAAAUAACAGAUAUACUUUACUGCAUAAAAUGAUUAAGAAAUGUACUUUUUGCAAAGACUUGAAAAUAUAAGCAGAGGUGCUAAAAAUUCAAAUCUUAUCUGAAGCACCUGAUUGAACUCUUCUUCAGAGAAAAAUGAAUUUUUCCUUUGAUUUGCAGAAUUUCUUGUUCUCUUACAUUAAGCAUUAAUAGAAAAACGAAAUAACUUUGACAACUGUCAAAUUUUUUUUAUUUUUAACACUUUCAUUUAUUUCCUGGUAUAUUGUUUACUGGCAGAAGUGAUGCUUUAUUAGAAGCAAAAUCAAGAAAUACCUUUUUAUGGUUAUUGCAUCAUGAGUUUAAAUGAAGGCUUUUAUUUAACUCUUAAUUGUAGAGUAUUGCAGUAACAGAUUCAAGCUCUAGCUGUUUGGCUAUUGUUAAUAUUGAUGGUUUCACCUAUCCUCACCAACUAAAAGGUUAUUUUAAUACAUUUACAAAUAAUCUUUUUAAGCAUUUUCAUUGUUGAAGUUUUUCACAUAUGUUUUAUUUUUUUUCUGAUCAUUUAUUACUUAACCUUUUAUUUACCACCUUAAGACAGGUGGCUGACUUCCUGUAUUUAUAUUCUGCUUUGGUUUUAUCAUUGUAAAGUCUUGUAUAAUUUGUGCAUAUAAAGUGACAACUCAAUUUUUUCAGGCUAAGAAUUUUUCUUAUUACCAUGUGAAUCUAUUAGUCUGGGGGUUUGUUAUGUAAUAUCCUCCUUUAAUGGUUUGCCUCAAAGUGCUUACAUUCAUGACAAACAGAUUGUAAGUCGUAAUUACCUACUUAAGGAAUGAUUGUAAAUUAAGUGUUGACUGGAAAGCACUUUGAACAAGUGUAUGAGGUGCUAUAUAAAUGCUAAAUGUCAUUCAUUUGGAAAUUGUAUGCCUUCAGUCUGGUCUUCCAUGUUGAAUUGUUGAAGUUAGUACCUUAAUUGUGUAAUUUCCUUAUCAUCCCCAUUUUUUUCUUGUAGGAUGGCCCACUUUUAAAGAGCACAAUGUAUGUAAAAUUGGGGGUGAUUUUUAAAUGAGUCUUCUAAUAUAAUAACUUCUUUUAAAAGAAGUUAUUCCUUAUUCAUGAAUUGGCCAUGUUUGGUACCUGAAUUUGGCUAACUAUAUUAAAUUUGAAAAAGUAUCUUUAUGCCCAGUUUACAUAGAGAUAGAAACAUUACUUCAGUAAACAUUUAUUAAGCACUUAUGUCCAACAAUUUUUUCUUAUUUUGAAUUUGACAUAAAAUACUAAAUUUGAGCUUCCAAACACACCCCCCCACAUGAACUAAUUAACGAAGUUUGAAGAACACUUCUAUAAUUUUAUUAUCAAGAUUGAAAUUUAAUUCAGAUUUUCAAAAACUAUAUUCAGAAUUUUGAUUUCAGUAGUUGACUUUUUGAUAUACAGCACACAUGCAAAUAUUAAACAGUAAAAAAAAAAUCUUUUUAAACUCCAAAGGAAAGGGACAAUUAGGUAUUAAUGUAUAGAAAAAUGACUCAAGAAACCCUGAUUUUGUUACUGGUCUUAUAACAUUUUCCUUGUAAGUUUAAAAGUAAGGAAAAUUGCAUUCUGUAGCAUGAAAAUUAUUGAUGCUAAUCACACCUUUUCUGCCAACUAUCACUUGAGCAUCUAUAUUUGCAAUUAGAUCAUACAUUAGCAUGAAAACAGAGGUGAUAAGUACCAUAAUGUGCACUGAGGAAUUCCUGGAAGUCCAUAGAUUCAGGCUGCUUAAAUUGAAAUACUUAAUAUUUUUAUGGGAGUAGGAUUUGGCAGGGUUUUUUUGUUGCAGCUUACUCUUGUAUCUUAACACAGAAUUGGAAACUGAAGCUACUUUUGAAGACAGACCUUAGCAAGUCUUGUUAAAAUAAGUGAAAGGAAAGGAGGAUCCUGUGAGUUAUUUAAUGAAAUGAUUAAUAGUUUUGAAUGGUAGGGUCAGGUCUUAAUUGUAGUUUGCUAUUAUCUUUAUGCAACCACUGUCAGCCCCAGGGACACAUUUCUAAAUUGGGUUAAAAAGAUGCCAAACUUAAUAGCAGGAGGACUUAUUUCUGAUGUUUCCUUGGAGUCUUUUGCAUGCUGUUGUCUUUGUGUUUACAUUUGUAAUGCUGGCCUUCUUUUGAAUUCUCGUUUCCAUUUAGAAUGUUGUGUCUUGAUACACAGAAGAAAUUGUAAAAAUUCUAUUUUUUCAUAACCUUUAUAAGAAACAGGAUCUAAAUAUGCUAUAUAUAGUAUGACUGAGGGCCAAGAAAACAUUUUUAACUUUUCAUUCUCUCAGCUUUCUUGUUCCUAACCACAGGUGUGGUGAGAGUCUUUGUACAUCUCUUCCUCUAUAAAAUAAUGGCUAAUAAUAAUGUCUCAGGAUUGUGAGGUUUAGUUAGUUAAGUACGAGAAAUUUUGAAGAAGUUAAUGACUGUAUACACUUAUAAAUACUAGCACGUGUGACUUGUUUCCUUGUUUCAGAAACUUCUUAUGUGUGUUGUCUACCUGAAGUUAUAAUUUGUUUCUGUGGAACUAAUUAUAGUAUGAAUAAAAACACAGUAUUAUUCUGUUUGGUUGGGGUGAGCUAUUAGUUUGAGUAUGUGGAACUUAUAAGAAUAGGCUUCCAUUUUUAUGCAAAGGACUGUUCAUUCUGAGGAGAGGAGUAAGAUGAAAAAUAACAAAGGUAAAAGUUUAGUCUUUGAAUGGCAUUGAAGUAUCACAGUGUAGACUAUCCCCUAGAGGAUUUUAUCUUUGCUAUCCAGUUAUCCAAGGUUCUAGAUUUUUUUAAAAAAUGAUCUGGAGCUUAUUAAUAACAUCCGCUCAUACCCUCCACUUCAGAAAUGGAUUAUUUCUUAUUUCCCUAGGGCCUAGGAUGUUAGUUGGUAUUUUAAAAAUUAAUUUUGAUUUCAUUUCAGGGUAGGACGUGUUCUACUGAUGAACUAUUUCAUUGAUUUUUUUAAAAAGCUUUUUGGCUAAAUCCUAGUAACCUUGUUAAGAUUAGGUGUCACCUUGAAAAUCUAUUUAAUGUACAGAAAGUAUUUACACAUUUAAUCCUUCCAAGUCAACAGUUCAUUAGUCAAAAGUCAGUGGAAAGAAAAACUGAAUUUGAAGUCAGGGGUCCUAGAUUCAAAUCCUACCUCUGUUGCUUAAUAGCUGUGUAGUCUUAUACAUAUCUUGUACACAUACAAGCAUGUAUGCAUAUAAUAUACAUAUAUGUGUGUAUAUAUAUAUAUAUAUAUAUACAUAUGCGCCUUAGUUUUCUCAUCAGUUCUAAGGUCUCUUCUAGUUCUAAAUUUAUGACCCUGUCGUCUGGAUAGUAAUGCCAUUCUUACUGUCUAUUAAUCUUUAGAAUGUGAAACCUACUCUGGAACAGAAAUCUUAUUUUAUAAAUAUAUAAAUCCUAGGCCUUAAAUAUAAAUCCUAGACAUAAAAAGACUUUUCCUCCCUCUUACAUUCAAUUGCUGUAUUUGAAAUUUAUCUGAAACUGAGUUAAAAACCAGUUAGUAGAAAUGAAUAAACUAGUUUUACAGCUGUGUAGAGAAUAUAUUUGUUAUAAAACUGUGAGAAAGUACCAAAUUUUCCAGGCUUUGAAACACCUGCAUUAUAAGAGGAUCUUUCUUUAGAGACUGCCAUCAUAGAGAUGGAGCAGUAUGCUUGUCACAAGUAAAGACAGCUUGACAUCAAUUUAAGAGAUUGUAUUAAACUAAAGGAAAAAUGAGAAAGCAAAACCCUUAGCAUACUUUUUGUUUACUUUCUGUGUUUUUCUUCAUGAAAGCAUUAGCAAGCCAAUUUAAAGUUGAGAGGAAAAAUAGAAUUUACCUUAAGAGAAUAUGAAGUUUCUGGGCUUUCCAUCCAAUCAAAAUAAUCUGAUUUCUUGCUCAUUCUCUUCAGCUUGCCAAAAUGGCAGCUUACUUCAUAUUGGUUCCUCUUCCUUUUAUUAUAUAUAAAAUUGGGUCUUGUGAGUCAUUCUUUGUAAUGAUUGUGAUUACACUAUUUUACAUCAUGUAAUUGGAGAAAAAUAUUCUAAAUGUGACUCUAAUUUUUGACUUUAUAUAAAGCAUCUAAAUAAUAGUGUACAUUCUUUUUAUUGGAAAUUUUCAUCCAAUAGUUAAGAUAAAAUAUUCUGUUGAAGAAAAAAAAAUCCUUAGCCUCUUCUGUUUUUUAACAAAUUGGUUUUUGAAUUUACCCAGUACCACAGAAAGGAUAAAGUUAAAUACUAUGGUAAGGCAGAAUAAAAGUGACUUUUUUUUUUUUUGUAAAUUGUUAGUAUGGUUACAAGUAUGGUGGCUUCAGUUUUUUAAAUGACUUCAUAUGCCCUGGGAAAUUAUGUAAUCAUUACUGAUACCUCUUUUCCCCCUCCUAAAACCAUUCAUCCAUCCAGUGUUCAUGCAGUGUUACCUUUGUGGAUAUGAAUAAUUGUAAAAUUGUUGCAUGACACUGUCUUGAAAUAGAGAACUACUUGGUUUUCUUGUGUUACAAGAAGAUAAAUUAAAGGGUAUCAUUAGGUUUUCCAAGAAGCAAAUUUGGGCCAAGCAGGACUUGGCAAUUGUAUGAAUUUUGGAAAUGCUGAGAGCCAGAAAUCCUACCUAACACCACUAGGCAGGUAGAAUUUGAGGCCACUUUUCUAUAUCUAUAACUGGGAGAACAGGAUAUCAGGGACAAAAUGUAGGAAAGAGGAACUUGGAUAGGAAAUAGGUAAUGUCCAGUAACAAAGAAGAAUAAGAUUUACACAAAUUAUGCUACUUAGACACAUUCCCAAUGGUAAUAGUUCAAUAAAAACUUGUGCUUCUAUUGCACAUGGGAAUUAGCUCUGUUAACAUUUUCAUGCAUUGUUCCUACCUUUGUUAUUACUUAGAGAAGCAUAUAUUUAACCUUGUUAAUAAACCUUUAAACAGAAGCACUGUUUAUGAAUUUUUGAAUUGUUCCUUUCUAUUGUGGAUGCUGGCCAAAGAUACUGUGUAUACAUUAAUCAUAUGUCUUUUGGUGAGCAAUUUGAAGGCAUGUUCUCUAUAAUUAUUUGGAUUGAUAAUACUCUUUCUAAAGUAAUUUCUAAGGCUCUCCUUAGUUUAUUACAGUCUGUAGUAUGGUGAGAAUGAUUUGAUUAUUGAAAAUCAUAGCCAGAUUGGUUUUCAUUUUUCCUUAAAGCAACUCUCUCUGUUCCUGCCACUUCUUUCUUCCAGUUUUCAGAAGGACUUCCAGAGAACUAUAGGUUUCCACAGGGUAACAACUUUAGGAGCACCUUAAAAGUAAAUAUGGUCAUUUAGUUUGUCUGUUCUGUCAUUUCCAGACCCUACCCUAACCCUGCUCUACAGAAUUCUCAGGAUUAAAAUGAGCAAACUUCAUGUUGGAAAACCUCUAGCCUGUCUGCCUAUUUAGGAGAUGAUUUAAACUAGUCAGGUAAUAGUCCCAUGGUGAGAAGAAGGUUUUCUAUCACAGCAGGGGAAGCAGAGAAGAAAUAGACAAAAGGAUAAGCAAGUAGAGUGGGUUUUUAAUAUAUAAACACAUACAUACAUAUCCUAUUUCUUUAGAUUAGGUCUUUCUGAGCUCUAAAAACUGGUGACAGUUGAUGACUUAAGAUUAGGAAGAGGUGCUAAUAUAGAAAUGCACAGGGGACGUUGGGAGAAAUAGUCUUUGUAGUAUAUUUGUCAUGUCCUGUGACACACUGUAUAUACGCUCUCAACAUGUAAUUUGUAUGAGCAUUCGUAAUAGUAAAGGUGAAUGUCUUUAAUGUUUUACCUACUGCUACUAAUAAUCAUUUAUGUAUUAUUUAUACUUUUCUUCAACACUCAAUGCACUUUACAAAUAUAUCAUUAAUUCUCCAUAUAUUUCUCCCCAUGUAUUCUUUCUGUCUUUUCCAUGAGAGUGAUCUAGAAGGAUGGCCCAAAUAGAUGGGCAUUUUACCUGUUCCUAAAUUGGGAAAAUUCUAAGCCUACAGCAAGAAGCAUCUUUCUUUUCAGCCCAGUUAGACCUAAUGGCAAUUAGUUGGCUUUUUUAUGGAGCACAUUAAUUUAGCAAAAGUAUUAAUAUUAAGUCAUCUUUAAACUUUGGGCCUAGUAGCCAUAUGUUUUUCUGAAGCUACAAUCAGAAAGCUCGGUCAUCCACUUGUUUGCCAGCUUUGAAUGGUUGGAUCAUCAAGCUUUGCAUUUGCAAAUCUACAUCAAAUUAACUUUGAGAGGAAUCCUUCUUGGAACAAGAAUCUUGGGGAGUAAAGAAAAUCAUUGGCUGAACCAAGUUUCCACCACUAUCCCCAGAAAAAACAGCAAUUUAUAAGGGUCUCUUUUCUUCCUAAAUUGUUUUUCUCCACCAAGGAAAAGUACUUGCGAAGAGCCAAACUCAGUCUCCAUUGAGUUGAUGAUUUUAGAACUUUGUUCCUAGACUUUGAACACAAGGAGACAUUUUCUUAACUUCUCUGUGUCUUCCUCACAAAAUGAAAAGAGCUCACUUUACCCUGGAUAGACUUCUGUGUCAUCGCAAAUAGCUAAAUAUAAGAAGGGGAGGAAAGUUUGAGGACCUAUGGUCUUUUUAGGGUAGUCUCAUCCUGGAAGCCUCAAAGUAUAUGCUGUUAAUGGUGAACUUGGCUAUUGUGUUAAUAUUUUCCUUGCCAAAGUUUUCAACUCAGUCUGUUACAGGAGUUUUGUGUGACCUGUCCCAUUCUAACCUCGUGUCCCCCCGCCCACCCACCCCCAGUCACAUCUCCAAUUUUAUAUUAGGAAUCAAUAAGAGGGUAAAAGUCACAUUAUAAUCAAAUCACUGGAAUGUAUACGCUCCAUAGGGCAUUGCUCUUUCUAGUAACUGCCGAAGAGUAAUUCAUUUUACUAGUAAGGGUAUAGGUAACACUUUCUUGGGCUCAAUUUUUUCUCAGAGAUGUGAGUGCUAUCUGUUCUACUGUUUGUCUACAGUAUUGUUUCUUCUGCUAUGGAACUUAAAUGAGUUUGAUUAGGUAGAAGAGAGGCAGAUAGUGGGGCAAAAAAUGUCUAUACUCAUUUUCCUUCAACAGCAAUGCUAUUUUAUAAUUCUGAAAUGGAAAACUGAUUAUUAGGCCCUUCAGAAAAGGAAUUGAGACUGUUUUGGUAUCAGCAUCACUGAGUACAAAUCUAGGAAUUGCUCAGAUAUUUCAGUGAGUGAACAAAAAUUUACACACACACACACAUAUAUAUAUAUAUGUAUGUGUAUAUAUAUAUAGUGCGUGUGGGUGUUCUUUUUUAAACCUAAUUGAGGCCAAAUAGUGUUUUUGGUUCAAAGUCCCUUCUCUGUAUAGUUUUUAAUGUAGCAUAUUGUUGAACUAGUAGCAUGCAAUUGUACUCCAUUUUUGGUGUUCAGAGAAGUACUAGAGAAAUGUCAUCCCAGAAGGAAUGAGAGGCAAUCAACUUACUUUAGGCCAUUUAGGGUAUUUUGUACUAUAGUUUAAAAGAACUGUUUCACCUGUCAUUCCUGAAAUUUAUAUCUAGCCCUUUAAAUCACAAGAAGAAGCUCGCACCUUUUAAAUUCAUUUUUAAUAUGAUUGGGAUUUUUUUUUAAUCAUGUGGCCUGUACUGAAAUAAUGUUUUCUUAGCACUUUAUUUCUCAAUGAAGUAGAGCUUUAUCCAUUACAUAAAUAUUGUGAGCUAUUUUCAUUUUUGAUAGUGGUUAAAUGUUAUUCUUUUUCUGGGAUACAGUUAUAUAACUAUAAUAUGAUUUAUUCGCCAAGGAUUGUUGAGUACAUAAUCUGUUUUGAAAUAAUCUGUCUUUAAAACAUCACAUCCUGCUUUGUUUCUGUAGUGCAUUACAGCAUAAUCCAACUUGCCACCUUUGUUCACUUUUUCUUCAGCUGAUUCAGUGCCCCUUCAAUUGUCUCUAGUUUCCAAGUUGUCUAAUGCUCCUCACCUCUAAAAUGUAGUGAGAUCCAAGCAAGCUCUUAAUGUUUUUAUUGGUAGUUUUUAUCUUUGUGAUCUAACUUGAAUUAUUAACAUUAAGCAUAUCAUUGACUUUUAUGUAUGAAGCAAAUAGUAACUCUCUCAUUGGGAUGAUACAUCUUUUAAUGUUUUUGAAAUAACAUGGAUCCUGUUAGUGAAGCAAUUGUAUAUUCAUAAAGCUCUAUGCUAAUCUGUGCUAAAGAUGUUUGGUGAAAUUAUGUAGAUUACUAAUCAUUUUUUCCAUUAAUUUAGUUGCUGUUACCGCAAACCGUCCUAUUUAAUUGCCUUCAUGCUUGUAUAUUCCUUUUUAAAGAAAACAAAUUAGAUAAACAACAAUUUUUCCAUGUAAUUAAAAUACAUAUAAAUCAAAUCGGAACAGAUUAUCAUGAAAAUCUUACAAUUGAGUAUUGGUCAACAGAGUACUUAGUACUCAUUCUUUUAUUUGGUAACACAAUUCAAUGUCAUGUUUUACUGAAAAAACUUUGGUUAAGGAAAAUUUUCAGUUUGGUUAAAAUAAGAAAUAAUUCAGCAUAAAUACAAGAAGUUACUACAGAUGCACAAUUGUUUGGGUCCUUUGUGCUUUGAUUAUUAUAAUGGUAUGUUUUCCUUAACAAGUUGUCUUUUAUUUAAUGUUCAAAUGCACUAAAACAUUGAAUUUUCUAUUAAGAUGUCACAUUUGCCAGUACAAAAGCACCACAGUUCUUUGUUCUAUCAGGGGAGAUUGAUUUUCCAAACCAUCUUUUAGGAUUUUUAAUAUUUCAGCAUCUACCGGAUGUUUGCACCACUUAAGAUUUUGAUUUUGGACAUGGAAUAUUAAAAUUCAAACGUGAACUAAUAAUUUGCCUUAAUCUACUUUUGCCUUUGGGUUGGGGGGAGAUGUUGAAUAGUUAAAAAACGAAAGAAAGAAAAAGUUAGAAAAAGGCCUUUUUUUUUGCCAUUUAGUGCUUAAAGCUUUUCAGAUAAUCUGAAAAAUGACAGUACAUUAGAUUUGGGAUUGUAUUUUACUUACAGUUCCAGUUCUGGUAUAGCCUUAUAUUUGUCUUAAAUAUUGUAGAGUCUUCUGUGGAUUGUUUUUUGUAACCUGACAGUUUAUACCCACCCUGCAUUUUGCCACUUUCUAAAUGGAAGUGUUGGAUAUGUUGUUCUCAUUUCCUGCUGGAAAUCAAACUUAUGAUGCUAAGAUUUCAUUCAGGAUUGAAAGUGAUGGGUGUCAUGAUGUAUGGCUCUUCUUGAUUAUGGCAUUAUCUGUAUGUAAUUGAGUCUGAGCACUUUUCCAACAUGCUGGUUUAUUGUGUGCUGAGUAUGGUUGAAUUUGCCACUUUUGUUUCCUGAGCAGGAACUUGUUUGAAAGUCUUCAGUAAAAACUUGACUAAUGUACCACCACUCCCCUUGCCCCAAACUGUCCAGAAAUCUAUCAGAAAAUGGAUUUGUAGUAUGUUAAAAUAUUGUAUUGCUUUUUGUUUUCAUUUUAGUCUUAUAACUGCCAAAUUGUUACGGUAUUAUUAAGGAUAUGUGUGUUUAUAUAUAUGCAUAUAAAAUAUAUGUGUAUGUAUAUGAAAACUACAACAAGAUUUGGUCAAACUAUAUUUUCCCAUUGAAUACAUUAAUGUUUUCAAGGCUGCAAAAAGUGUACAGUUGCAAAACAAGUUGUAAAUAAAGACUUGUAUAAAAAUUCA